GAAUAACCAAGAACUUUUGAAACCUAACUUACCGGUACUAGAAGAAUAUAAUGUCGACAACAUUCAAAGCCCUAAGAGACCGAACCUAUUCAGGCGUAGGAGACCUCAUCAGGCUUCUCCCUACGGGAACCGUCUUCUUGUUCCAGUUCUUAAAUCCUGUCUUAACCAACAAUGGGCACUGCCUCCUAAUCAACAAAUACUUAACUGGAGCUCUUAUCGUCAUAUGCGCCUUCUCUUGCUGCUUCACGUGCUUCACUGAUAGCUAUCGGGCAAGUGACGGUUACGUUCACUAUGGAGUCGCUACCGUGAAGGGUCUUUGGCCAGAUUCUUCUACAAAGAAUUUGUCUUCGUAUCGGCUUAGAGUUGGAGAUUUCGUUCACGCUUUCUUCUCUCUUAUCGUUUUCAGCGUUAUUUCUUUGUUGGAUGCUAAUACUGUUAACUGUUUCUAUCCUGGCUUUGGUUCCACUGGGAAGCUUUUUCUAAUGGUUUUGCCUCCGGUGAUUGGAGUUAUCUCCGGCGUUGUCUUCACGGUGUUUCCUAGUAAACGUCACGGAAUUGGGAAUCCGUCGGAGAACAACGACGACAAUGCUUCUGAGAUCGAGAAAUGAUAUAUAUGAUUCGUGCACAUUUUAACGAAAUGGAAUGUACUCGUGAAAUGGCAAAAGGUUGUGUAAGUUAUGCAUGGAUGGUCAGAUUGUAAUGGUUACUAAAUUUAUUUCUCUUGUGAUUUAAUAUUCAUGUUUGGUGAGAAAGCAUGUGUGUAUCUGUUUAUUGUUUUCUUUGUAAAUUUUCUUUUUCGAAAUGUCUGUUGAUAAAAUAAAACUAAUUACAUAUUUUACAGUUUUAGUCCUUAUUCCUUAUAUAUUAAAAGAAAACAUUGUAAUAAAUGCAUUUAC